AUACUAAGUAAAACUGAGACAGACAUGGCAAAGGUUCACCCACGAGCACCUGUUUCUUCAGCUCCCUGUUACUUCACUUCUAAACAAGAAACUUUCACUAUAUGGAUGAAGUCUCUGGUUCUGAGUGGCAAUGGCUGCACCGUUUUCGAUUCAAACGGCCAUGUCGUUUACCGUGUCGAUAACUACAACUGCAAGUCUGGAAAUCAAGUUCUUCUGAUGGACUCCAGGGGCAAGGUCCUCUUCACCAUCUUGCGCAAGAAAUUGAAGUUGCUGGGUUGUUGGGAAGGCUACAGAACCUUUGGUGAUGAAUUUGAGGAGAGAAAACUAGGUUUUCAAGUAAGAAAAAGCUUCAGGCUUUUAAGAGGAGGGUCACCAUGCAGGGCUGUUGUGUGGUUAGACCAGAAUCAGACUUUGCAAUACAAGAUUCAAAGCUGGACUCGCAGCUCAACAUGCAAGAUAAUAGACAAGUCUGGAGAACUCAUAGCAGAGGUGAAGAGAAAGGAAUCGAAGAGUGGAGUUGUGUUAGGUGAAGAUGUUUUAACAAUGGUGGUGGAGCCAUGCAUGGAUCAUUGUCUCAUCAUGGGACUUGUUGUCGUCUAUAAUCUCAUCAAAUGUAAAAUCUGAAAUUUUGGGGGAAAAAAAUAUGUAAAGAGAAUGGCUUUUUGUACAUAUGUAAACUAGCAAAUAAAAAAAGUGUCUCUUUAGUUAAA